CCUUCUUCCAGCAGCUGCAUCUUCAACGGUAGCCAAACAACAUAACGCCGUCACCAAUUUUCGUCUUUUUGCUUUUCAACCUACCCUGCCAACGAGCUUUUAGGGUAACAGACAAACCAUAUUAAUAAUGGGGCGCGAAGAACAAGUCGAGGAGCGCGAGGUGCUCGAGUCCAUCUUUCCGGAGGAGAUCACAGACAUCUCAGAGACCGAAUUCAGAAUACAAAUUGCCCUCGACGUCCCGGGCGAGGAGGACGAACCGCCCACGAUGUUCCUCCAGGUCCGCUACCCGGAAGCCUACCCCGACGAGCCGCCCACGCUUGACCUGCAGUCCGUUCCCAACGCCGCGCCAUACGAGUGGUUCAACGUCUCGGACGACCGGGAGCACCUUCUUGAGGGGAUACAAGAGACGAUUCAAGAAAACCUCGGUAUGGCCAUGGUAUUCUCGCUCGUUUCUGCUCUCAAGGAGGCAGCCGAGGCGCUCAUCGAGGAGCGCAAGCAGGCGCGAGAGAGGGAGCACGAGGAGCGCGCCGCGGCCCUCGAGCGCGAGGAGAACAAGAAGUUCCAUGGCACCCCCGUCACGCCCGAGACGUUUCUCAAGUGGCGCGCCGACUUCAUCAAGGAGAUGGAGGAGCAGAAGCACAGGGAGGAGGAGGAGCGCCUCGCUGAGCUGAAGAAGGCCAAGAUCAAGGAGCCUGUCAAGCUGACAGGGAAGCAGCUGUGGGAGCGCGGUCUGGUUGGAAAGAUUGUUGAUGAGGACGACGAGGACGGCGCAGGUCUGACAGAGGGUGUCGAUAAGCUCAGGGUCGAGGCUGUGUGAUGCCGGGUUUACUACCAGUCUCUGAUUUAAAGUGAAAAAAUAAAAAGGUAUAAUAAGAGAGUGCAUUUCACUGGCGUUUCAUUUUUAGAUUCUCUCUGUACUUUCUGCUUUGGGGUAUUGAAAGAAACAAUUGUGCCUCUAGUACGCAUGUACUUCGCCUUUGUGCC